AGGAGUGCUUGGCUCACCCUGCCGCGUGCCGGGAGAAUCGGACCCUCACAACCGUUUGGAUUUGCCCUCUUCCUCCUUUUGAAUAUCCGAGGUCGGCGCCAGAAUUGGAACGCGAGGCUGGGUUCUCCCUGUUUCCCGGUUCUGCCUUUGGGGAAGCGCGGAAGGAAAGGAAGGGCGUGCGCUUGAUGACCGGCCCCUUCAGUCUCUCCCUGGGCGUGAGGUUCCCUCUUGCGCUGCUGUGAGGACGCGUCCUUGCACAUCUGGCCGCAGGUGUGUUUGUUAGCAGAAGUGGAAACUGAUGCAUGGAGAAGGGGAGAAAAGCCUUUCUUCUACACACUCCCCAAGGACCCCAAAGACCUUGUAAAUCGAUCCUGUGUCCAGACACGUGUACUUGAAUGAUCAUCGGAGAAGGGCUUAAAUACUGGAGCAGAACGUGGGAACUCCUAGCAUUUUAAGGGAUUCGCGUGUAUUUCCAAAAAUGAUCGUUGACCACCGUCCAGCACCGGCAGUGUGGGAUCCGUGAGCGUUUCGCCCUCCAGCGGCUUCAACAUGUUCUCCCGUUGGUUACCUGGGCUAAAUAGGGGUUUGGCCACACCCACCGGAAGGAUCGUGCAGCUGGUCGGGCGGUCUCUAUCCAGAAGUCUGCAGCUGAGCUCACGACAGAGCGUUCCAGAACUCAGUAGCUUUGUUGCCCGGACCAACACGUGUGGAGAGUUGCGUGCUUCGCACUUAGGCCAAGAAGUCACCUUGUGUGGAUGGAUUCAGUACCGAAGGCAAAACAUCUUCCUGGUGUUAAGAGAUUUCCAGGGGCUUGUUCAAGUUCUCAUUCCUCAGGAUGAGUCCGCUGCUUCCGUGAAGAAGAUUUUAUGUGACGCCCCCAUGGAAUCUGUGGUGCAAGUGUCUGGGACAGUGGUUUCCCGGCCUCCAGGACAAGAGAACCCAAAAAUGCCAACAGGUGACAUUGAAAUCAAGGUUAAAACGGCUGAACUUCUGAAUCCGUGCAAGAAGCUGCCCUUUGAAAUUAAGGACUUUAUGAAGAAAACAGAGGCUCUUCGUUUGCAGUAUCGCUACUUAGACUUGCGCAGUUCCCAAAUGCAGUAUAACCUGCGGCUGAGGUCCCAGAUGGUCAUGAAAAUGCGGGAAUAUCUCUGUAAUCUACAUGGGUUUGUGGAUGUAGAAACACCAACAUUGUUUAAGAGGACUCCAGGAGGUGCAAAAGAGUUUGUGAUACCGUCCAGGGAACCUGGAAAGUUCUAUUCUCUCCCUCAGAGUCCACAACAGUUUAAGCAGCUUCUGAUGGUUGGUGGUUUAGACAGAUAUUUUCAGGUUGCCAGAUGUUAUCGAGAUGAAGGCUCAAGGCCAGACAGACAGCCUGAGUUUACGCAGAUUGACAUAGAGAUGUCUUUUGUAGACCAGACCGGGAUCCGGAGUCUAAUUGAGGGUUUGCUGCAGUAUUCCUGGCCCAGUGACAAAGGGCAUGUAGGGGUGCCUUUUCCUUCUAUGACUUUUGCUGAGGCUUUGGCCAGCUAUGGAACUGAUAAACCCGACACUCGCUUUGGGAUGAAGAUUGUAGACAUCAGUGAUGUGUUCAGAAGCACAGAGGUUGGAUUUCUUCAAGAUGCACUUAGUAAACCCCAAGGAACUGUCAAAGCCAUACGCAUCCCUGAAGGAGCAAAAUACUUAAAAAGGAAAGACAUUGAAUCCAUUAGGAAAAUUGCAGCUGACCAUUUUGAUCAGGAAGUCUUACCUGUGUUCCUGAAAGCCAAUAGGAACUGGAAUUCUCCGGUUGCUAAGCUUGUGAUGGAGGAGCAAGGACUGGGCCUGAUCAGACGAAUGGAGAACCAGGAGGAGGACGUGGUCCUGCUAACGGCCGGAGAGCACAAGAGAGCAUGCUCCUUGCUGGGAAAAUUACGGCUGGAAUGUGCUGACCUUCUAGAAGCAAGAGGAGUGCUGCUCCGUGACCCAGCUCUGUUCUCUUUCCUUUGGGUGGUGGAUUUCCCACUCUUCCUUCCCAAGGAGGGAAACCCCGGGGAGCUGGAGUCAGCCCACCACCCAUUCACGGCUCCCCAUCCCAGUGAUAUCCACCUUCUCCACACUGAGCCCGAAAAGGUCCGUAGCCAGCACUAUGACUUGGUUUUAAACGGCAGUGAAGUAGGAGGCGGCUCUAUCCGAAUCCAUGAUGCACCACUCCAGCGCUACAUCCUGGAAACGUUACUGAAGGAAGAUGUGAAAUUGCUCUCCCACCUGCUCCAGGCUUUAGAUUACGGGGCGCCCCCUCAUGGAGGAAUUGCCUUAGGGUUAGACAGACUGAUGUGCCUUGUCACGGGAGCGCCAAGCAUCAGAGACGUCAUAGCCUUCCCAAAGUCCUUCCGGGGACAGGACCUCAUGAGCGAUGCCCCAGAUUUUAUCCCUCCCGAGGACCUGAAGCCCUAUCAUAUUCAGGUCUCCUGGCCAACAGACGCAGAAACAGAAAAGAACUCGUUGAAUCUUCCGCACCAUCCAGAAAGCUGAGCUUUUGGGUUUCAUCCUCUGCUCCCUCUAGAGUUCUGCCAAAGAUCUGACCCAUCUUUAGGUGAAAGGACUCCAGCCAACAUUCUUUACCACAAUGAAGAACAGUACUCAACCUGGACCUGAUAACAUGCAUACUUAGGGUUUUUGUUUGGGACUUUUUUGAAGUUUCUUUUCACUUGGAAAGGUGUGAAAGAUGGCUCUUUGUUAGAAU